AGUUUCUUCUUGAUCACACUUUAACCUCGUUAAUGUCGUAAAUCCCCAACUAACUAGCAGCUACAUGUAUAUAAAUAACUCACCACCGCUACUGCAAUACAUUGAUUUGAGGAUCAGCUGCAAUUCAUCAAUUAGUUGUUUGCAGGAUGGGAAGAUCACCGGGCUACGAGGAGAGCGGGGUAAAGAAGGGGCCUUGGACUCCAGAAGAAGACGAGAAGCUCAUGAAUUACAUACAAAUGCAUGGACAUGGAAGUUGGAGGGCUCUUCCUAAGCUUGCUGGUCUUAACAGAUGUGGCAAGAGUUGUCGACUACGUUGGACUAAUUAUCUCCGCCCUGACAUUAAGCGUGGCAAAUUUUCUAAUGAGGAAGAACAAACCAUCAUUAACCUCCACUCAGUUCUCGGAAACAAGUGGUCAGCAAUAGCAUUAAGGCUUCCAGGACGGACGGAUAAUGAGAUAAAGAACUUCUGGAACACGCACCUUAAGAAGAAGCUUCUACAAAUGGGAAUUGAUCCGGUAACUCAUAGGCCAAGAACAGAUCACCUAGACAUUUUAGCCAAUCUGCCUCACCUUCUUGCAGCCGCCAAUAACUUGAACAUGAGUCCCGUGAAUCCAUGGGACUUUAAUGCCUUUAGGUCACAAAUCUCUGAUGUAGCACAACUUGCCAAACUCCAGCUGAUGCAAAAUCUUCUUCAAGUACUGAGCCCCAAUGCCACUCCUUUAGUUCCCUCGACGAGUCGUACCCUCCCGAAUCAAGAUUAUCCGCUAAAUGAUUUCUUUAUACACAAUAAUCCUCAGUCGUUUCAGGGUACCAUGGUCCAGAAUUCUGUGGCACCUAAUACACCCGCGAAUGUUAUGACUAAUUCAGAGUGUUUAAACAGGGGAAAUGAUUUCUAUCAACACCUUUCAGCUUCCAAAACCUCAUUUCAGGACACUGUUGAUCACCAUCAACUCAGUACUACUUCAUGUCCGGAUAUUGGGAAACAUCUAAGUUCUGAUUCAUUGCCCGCGUUGAUUCCAGCAUCCCCUGAACGUCCCGCCAGAGAUCAAACUGGAUUCAUACUCGAAACUAGUGGUGGUUCUAGGAACUCCUCAUCUAAUUGUACCAACUUUGAUGACUUUGGGGAUCAGCUCAUGUAUGAUGGAGCAAGUGAUCAGGCAUACUGGAAAGACUUUAUCGACCAAGCUUCUAGUUCUUCACAGUGGCCGAUAUUAUCCUGAUGGACUACAGUAAGGUUACAGUUGAUUGCAAGAGAUUAGAGCGAAUAAGUUUCCAUUUGCAUGUUUAGUUGGUUUUGCGUUGAACCUUAUUCAUAGGGUGUAAAUGUAUGUGAUUUUAAGUGCAGUCUUCUCACUGUUGUACAGAUCAUCCCCUGUUGAUUUGAAUAUAUAUAGUUCUAACUUUAUUAAA